ACGUUGAUGACGUCAGCGGGAGCCGAUGGCGCGAGCCUGGGCCGGCUUCUCCGAGGAGGAGCUGCGGAAGCUGAGGCAACACCAAGAUCCACCUGAACCACCUGAUCGGCAGCGGCAUCGCCCCGUGCACAAAAGUCGUCAACAGCUACAACGAGAAAAGGCCCUUCGGCAGCAGCAGAAAUUUGGGCUCCAAGAUGAGCCGACCGCAGUACCUCCAGAACAGCUACUUUCCGCACCUCAACAGAAACCUGGCCCCCAGCAGCCACCCACGUCACCCCCUCUGCCUCCAGAUGGAGAGCCAGGGCACCGGACUGGAAAUCAUCGGAGAGAUCCCGGACUUGAGAACUCCCGUGACAGCCACGAAAAAGUGGAGGAUGUCAUUCCAAAACCAAACUGCACAUUGGAAAAAAAGAAAGUGGAAUUGCAGGAAAAAUCUCACUGGGAAGUCCUCCAGCAGGAGCAACGGCUAAUGGAAGAGAAAAAUAAACGUAAGAAAGCACUUCUGGCCAAAGCUAUUGCCGAGAGAUCCAGAAGAACUCAGGCGGAAACGGUGAAACUAAAGAGAAUCCAGAAAGAGUUACAGGCUCUAGAUGACAUGGUGUCAGCGGACAUUGGAAUCCUAAGGAACCGAAUUGAUCAGGCCAGCAUGGACUAUUCGUAUGCUCGGAAGCGAUUUGAUAAAGCAGAAGCAGAAUACGUCACUGCAAAGCUAGAUCUCCAGCGGAAGACGGAGCUCAAGGAGCACCUCACAGAGCACCUCUGUACCAUCAUUCAACAGAAUGAGCUCCGCAAGGCCAAGAAGCUGGAAGAGUUAAUGCAGCAGCUGGAAGUGGAAGCCGACGAGGAAAGUCUAGAGCUCGAGAUUGAGGUGGAGAAGCUACUGCAACAGCGAGACACAGAAGGAGAGAAGCAAGCGGCUCCCCCAGAGACUUCCCCCCGGACCACCACCACCCAGGAUACAACUCUCAGUUCAGCAGCAAAGGAAAAUGAGCCUGUCCAUCCUGCUGCCCCACAACAACUAAAGGAACAGUCUGAAAAAUCGGUGGCGAUUCUCUCCCAGACCCAAACAGCCAGGGUCAGGUAGUUAAGAUGCCCCCAGACAAAAUCCCAACCGAUCCCGUGACGUGAAUCUCUAAUAUCGCUUUCCCUUCCGUUUAGCGGACGGCAUGUGAGGUACUGUUCUUCCCACCAUAGUUUGAACCCCAACUCUCUACAGCUCUGAAAACAUUACUUACUGUCAGUCACUAGUUUUUACGGAGCACCUUCUCUGUGCGGAGCACUCUACCGAGUGCUUCGGAGAAUAGAACAGAAAAGAAGGGCUAGCCUCAGGUUACUCUUUUUUUAAAAACUAUUUAAUUGUUAUAUUUAUGUGCUUCCUAUUUUUCAAGCACUGUUCUGACCACUGGGGUAGAUACAAGUUAGUCGGGGCAGGCACAGUUCCUGUCCCAAAAAGUCUAGGAGGUAGGAUAGGUAUUGAAUCCCGAUUUUACACAUGACAAGCCUAAGGCACAGAAAACUUCCCCAACUUAACAAAAGCCACCCGGCAGGCAGGUGGCAAGAGUCGGGGUUAGAACCCACGUCCUCUGAUUCCCAGGCCUGUGCUCUUUCCAUUAGGUCAUGCUGCUCCUCAUCUUUUAUGUUUCAAAAAAAGAACUGUAACGGACUUUACCAGCACAAAGUCUUGGAAAAUAACCCAGGUUGGUUUGGGCAGGGACCGUGUCUGACCUGAUUAACUCGUAUAUGCCCCAGUGCUUAGAAAAGUGCUUGUAACGUAGUAAGUGCUUAACGAGAAUAAUAACAAUAAUCUUUUUUUGUCAGUUUUUUAAAUACACUAUUUUGUGGUUUUUAGAAUACAUUGAAGGUGGUAAGCCAUUGUUAAAAGAAAGAGAAAUGCAUUAUCAGUCCUGCCGAAUGUCUUAAUUGAAAAAUGGAAGGCUAAUGUGUAAGAAAAGAAUGUAGGUAUUGGAAAACUGUUCUCAAUAGAUUAAUGCUGGUUUUGAUCAUUAAAAAGUUAAUGUGCUUCUUUUCUGAACCUUUGUAAAUACAUGUAUAUGAAAAAAGGUGUUUUCAUUGCUGAAAUCAGGAUUUAUAUAAUAUAUAUAAUAGGUUUAUUAAUCACAAUCAAUAAAAUUACUUUCCUAAUUCAAUCAUCUAGGUAUUUGUGUAAAGCAGUUAAGUCAAAUGCUCUUGUUUUAGUAUUUAAAAAGCACAGGUUGUAUGACAACGGGCAUUUCAAAUAUUCUAAGAAACCAGGCUUCUUUUUAAGCUUGUUCUAAGAAGCGUAAUUAUUUGAAACCCAUUCAGCCUUGAAAGGACAAGCGUAAUACAGAGUGUAUUAUUUCGCAGAAGACACUGAGGGCAAUCCCAUCCAAAAUUAUAUUUUUAUU